ACUUUACUGUCCGAGUCCUAGUUGAUAUAAGAGUAACAAUGGCGGGUUCCGGUCACACGUGGCCUAACAGCCAAGACGACUAUGAGCUUCUGGAGGUGAUCGGCGUGGGCGCCACCGCCGUCGUACACGCCGCCUUCUGCCGCCCCCGGGGGGAAAAGUGCGCCAUCAAGCGGAUCAAUUUAGAGAAGUGGAACACUUCCAUGGACGAACUCCUCAAAGAGAUCCAAGCAAUGUCCAGCUGCAACCACGAGAACGUAGUCACCUAUUACACAAGCUUCGUCGUCAAAGAGGAGCUGUGGCUUGUGUUAAGGCUUCUAGAGGGCGGCAGCCUGCUAGACAUUAUAAAGCACAAGAUGAGAAUUUCCAACUGCAAACACGGCGUCUUCGACGAGGCGACCAUCGCUACCGUUCUGAAAGAGGUGCUAAAAGGGCUCGAAUACUUCCACCAGAAUGGACAGAUUCACAGGGAUAUCAAAGCUGGGAACAUCCUCCUCGGCGACGACGGGAUCGUUCAGAUCGCUGACUUCGGCGUGUCGGCUUGGCUGGCCACGGGGCGAGACCUGUCGCGGCAGAAGGUGCGCCACACGUUUGUAGGCACGCCUUGCUGGAUGGCGCCCGAAGUGAUGGAGCAGAAUCACGGCUACGAUUUCAAGGCCGACAUCUGGUCCUUCGGUAUCACGGCCAUAGAGAUGGCGACCGGCACCGCGCCCUACCACAAGUACCCGCCCAUGAAGGUGCUCAUGUUGACUCUCCAGAACGACCCGCCCACGCUCGACACCGGCGUCGAGGAAAAGGACCAGUACAAAGCCUACGGGAAGACCUUCCGGAAAAUGAUAUCAGAGUGCCUCCAGAAGGACCCGACCAAGAGGCCGUCCGCGACGGAGCUGUUGAAGCACUCGUUCUUCAAGAAGGCCAAGGACCGCAAGUACUUGGUGCAGACGCUGGUGACCAUCGGGCCGAGCAUGGAGACGCGCGUGCACAAGGCCAGCAAGCGACAGCCGGGCACGUCGGGCCGCCUGCACCGCAUGGAGACGGGCGAGUGGGUGUGGGAGAGCGACGAGGACGACGACGACGACGACGGCGACGCGGGCCGCGACCGCCCCAUGAACCAACUGCUGCGCGCCGACUCCUCGGAUAGCGACAGCGACAGCGAGCCGCGCGCCGGCUUCACGAUCGGCUCCCACGAGCCCGAAGAAGCGCCGCAGAUCAACCUCGUGCUCCGAAUGAGGAACUCGAAGAAGGAACUCAACGACAUUCGCUUUGAGUUCGCUCCCGGGAAGGACUCCGCGGAUGGGAUCGCGACGGAGCUAGUCGGGGCGGGUCUGGUGGCCGGCGCGGAUGGCGACGCGAUAGCCACCCAACUGCAGCGACUGGUGGACGCGUAUUUGUUCCCGGGGGACACGCCCGCGCCGCGCUCGCUCACCUUCCGCCUCGAGUCCGCCGACCCCGCGGAACCGGCCGAUGAGAAAGGCCUCAUCGGCUACGCUCAGAUAUCAAUCGUCGACUGAACGCUCUCGCUUAUACCUCCCCCCUCGACCGUCUUAUGGACAAUAAAUAUUACGAGUAGUUAGCGUGAGCCGUAUUUUUUAAUAUAAACGCUGUGUAAUCGAAUUUAGAUUAGGUAGAAAGCAUAGGCUCCUACAACUGGUCGCAAGUUUCCGACGUAAGUGACAAAUCACUUCACAUUUAUAUGUUUUUAAUGCCUAUUUUGGGAGCCUAUAGUAUGAACUAUUUUAGCAGCUCUCGAGCCACUACAAUGUAGAGCACAAACUAGGGUCAUAUGUUACUACAGUAGGCCCGCAUAGGUCGCUUACGGGCUGACGGUCACUGUCAAAAUGGACGGUUGCAACGGUGUUUUUGUGCACAGCACAUUCUCGCCUGGAACACUGAGAAAACUUUUUCAAACUAUUUCUCUUAACUUGUCUUAUUGUUUACAAACUGUCUAUUACUUUUUAGUAUAAAGUAUAUUUUAAAGAUAGGAAUAUAAAAAAUUAUACGAUUUUAUUGAAAUAAUAAGACAAGUAAAAGAAGAUGAGACUUUAUAAUACAUUUCUAUGGUAGCUCUCACGCAACUAGUCCCACUUGGUGUAAGAUUUGAAGUAAAUAAACGUCAAAUCGAAGUUUCACAUAAAUCUGUCAUAUUCAUAGUUACCAAAUUUUGACUAUCACUUUUAAAAACAUAGGGUACAGAAGUUUUAUAUGUUAAAGCGAUUAUAUAUAAAACUGCUUCCAGUGUGAUAAUAAGGUAACAAUAAUUAAAGACACUUGAAAAAUUACGCCAAGGUCAUAUAAUUUAGGUGCACCGUCGCGCCAUUUUGAUCCGUAGCUUCGUAAUUCUAAGCGCUAUUUUAUCGUAUUACGCUGUGUUCUAAGUAACUAUAUAUUUUAUUGGUGAUCGACCUAAUAAGUUGAAUAUUGAACUACCGACAUACAAAAACCAAUGGCAUUGAAGGUUGCGAUAUGUAUAAAUUAUAUACGUUUGUAUAGCUCGAGUUUCAAUUAAAUUACAAAUUAAGGUCACUGACCUAUUAGGUAUUGUUACUGGAUAUCUGACAUUGAGCUAAGAACCAGUUUUCGAGUUCGCUCUUAAACGUAGAUUCAUUGAUAAUUGAGAGCCUGUUCUUAGCUCGAUUCGGUUUAUUAAAAGGCCUAAGUGAGUAUUUGUACGACUAGAUCAGUCGUCUUUCUUGAAACCACUUGGAUUUCAACCUUGCUUACUGCUCAUAUUUAGAUCAUUGGUUUUAGGUAGUUCAACAUUCAAGAAGAGUAGAGAGAAGUACUGUGGUAUAACCGAAAGAAACGGAGCUUUUUACGUAUCGUAUGUAAAAUCGAAUUUAAUUUAAAGACAUCGUUGCCAUGGCAACAAGAUACCUCAUUGGCUUAAUAGUUUGUUGUAAUUGACAACUCGUUGCUCAGACAAUGAGGUAACGCUUUCGCUCGCUCGUUUCACUAUUCGUGAACAAGUGCGCAUCCUGAACGUGCGUGACGAAGCUUCGCUUCAAUAUAAUUAUGUUUAAGGGCGUAAGGAAUUAUUUUAAUGUUAAUAUUACUUUAGCUCAAGCUGAUGAAAUGUUUUAAUGUAAGUAUGAAUCUGAAUUUAUAAGUCUUCUUUUUAUAUUAUUCGUGUUUAGACGCUUCUCUGUAAAAUUAAAACACUGUAAUAGAUUAAUUUAUAUUUAAUUUAUCGUCGCUCAAAAUAUUAUAAUUGAUUUAAGCUAGAAUUAACUCAAUCAAUCAGCAAGUCAGAUUUUCAAUAAAAAUAUAUAUAUAUAUAAAAUAGAUUUUCCAAUGCUAGCAUAUGAAUAAUUUAGCUUUAAAUUAGUCUGUGAUUCGCAGAAAAAUCCAUUGUAUGAACAAAGUAAGAGUCGAGUGACAAACUGAUGAUGGCUGAGACCAGACCCUUCAAAGCUCUAAAACUUUGCUAAUUACCACUUGCCUAAGUAAUACUUCAAUUAAUUAUGCAUAGCACGCGACUUGUAUGAUUUAAUAAUUUAAUAUAGGUUCACCUUUGUAUGAUGCCAUAUUUGGAAUUUCUAAAUAUGUAAAAAAAUUUGAACGCCUUCAAAGCUAUUUGUACAGUACAAAGGUUCUUCAAAUUUGAACCGCGAUAGUAAUGAUUAGGGUACGAUACAAAUUGCCAUGAAACAUUUUUGACUUUAAUUGCUACUGGGUAACUCUGUCGACAGCUGUCAGUUGCUAACUGGUAAGGACCGCCACCUGAACAACCGUGUACGAAAUUUAAGUACCUUCUUUCUUCUGUGAUGUCUAUGACAAAAUUUUGCGAUGAGUAUACAAAGUCAAUAUGUAUUUUGCAGAGCCAGUAGGCAACUUUUUGUACAACUUUCACAUUUUAGCUCCUCGUGUCUAAAUAGGGAUAGGAAGCUGGGCCCUGUUACGAUAAAAAUUAAUUAUAGAUAUAUAAAUAUGAUUUAAAAAAAUAACUAUCGUUAUAGUUAAUUUAUCCUCACCUGUUUUAUGAUGUAAAACCAUAAUUUUCAUACUUUUGUAGCGUAGAGUAUGUUUUAAAAAAAAUGAAAAUAGCAAUAAUUGUUUUAAAAUAAAAAUUAAGCCCUUCGAUCUUAGAUUCAAUGUUCUGAGCUUCUAAUCACACCGAGUCAAACCGGGACAAACCAGUCAGGGGUAUGAAAGUUACAUUUAACUCAUUUGUUUUUUUUUUAUAUUUUAAAACAUAUUUUAUACUCAAAAAUAAUGUUUACAUUUUCAGACAAUUCCGAAGAAAUUAACUAUAUUUUAUCUGAAUAUCAAAAUGAUAUAAUUAAGUGAAUUGGCCCAAAGUUUGUGACCUAGAAAUAGAAGUAAGUAGAUGUACUUUUUUUUGUCAAACUUUAAGACACCAAAACAUUUCUCCAUUGAAAAUGUUAAGGCCAUAGAGAAACAGAGCUCUAGUAUUUAAUCCUUUAAAAUAAGGAACUUAGAAAGAUUUUUAAUUUAAGAAAGCGCAACAUUAAUCAUUACAGUGUUAUUGGAAGCAAAUGUAUGAAUAUAUUAAUUAAAUAUUUUUACGUUGUUA